CUAACCACUAGCGGUCUCAGGCUAGGCUGCUGCACUGUAACAGACACUCCAAACUUAUAUCGCCGUUAACGCAGCUGAAGCAGGUUUUUCUUCCUGUCUGGCACUGUCACACCAGACUCUGUAAAAAUGCCUCAGACCAACAAGUCGGUGAGCGGCGGCUCUGUGCCAGGACAGGUAUCUGCUCCAGACCAGGGCGAGCCGCCGCCGGCCUCGGUGGAUGUGAAGGCCCAGGUGGCUGCCGGAGAUGGAGUCGCUGCAGAGGACAAGGACGACACAGAGAUCAUCAAAUCUCCCAGUGACCCAAAGAAAUACAGAUACAUCGAGCUGAGUAACGGCCUCCGAGCUCUCCUCAUCUCUGACUUCAGCGGGGCCGAUGGGAAGGGAGGCAGUGAAAACGGAGAGGACAAGGGGGAAUCUGAGGACAGGGCUGAGGAGGAAGAGGAGGAAGCUGAGGAUGAGGGGGAUUCUGGCGAGGGCUCGGAGGAGGACGAGGAGGAAAACGAAGAGGAGGAGCAGGACAGCGACUUCGACGAGCUGGACGAGGAGAACGCCGGGAAGAAGAAGAGAGGGAGCUCAGAGAAGCAGGCGGCAGCUGCUCUGUGCAUCAGCGUGGGGAGCUUCAGUGACCCGGACGACCUGCCCGGCCUCGCACACUUCCUGGAACACAUGGUGUUCAUGGGCAGUGAGAAAUACCCAGCAGAGAACGGUUUUGACGCUUUCUUGAAGAAGCACGGUGGAAGUGACAACGCCUCCACCGACUGCGAGAGGACCAUCUUCCAGUUCGACGUGCAGAGGAAGUAUUUCAGAGAGGCGCUCGACAGGUGGGCUCAGUUCUUCAUCUGUCCUCUGAUGAUUGAAGACGCCAUCGACAGAGAGGUGGAGGCUGUGGACAGCGAGUACCAGCUCGCCAGGCCGUCUGACUCACAUCGGAAGGAGAUGCUGUUUGGGAGUUUGGCUAAACCUGGACACCCUAUGAGUAAAUUCUGCUGGGGCAACGCUCAGACAUUAAAACACGAGCCCAGAGAGAAACAGAUCAACACGUACCAGCGGCUGCGGGACUUCUGGAGGAGAUAUUACUCUGCUCAUUACAUGACGCUCGCUGUGCAGUCCAAAGAGACACUGGACACUCUGGAGCAGUGGGUGAGAGAGAUCUUCAUCAAAGUUCCCAACAAUGGUGAACCUCGAGCCGACUUCUCUCACCUCCUGCAGCCGUUUGACACACCGGCCUUCAACAAACUGUACAGAGUGGUUCCUGUGAGGAAGGUUCAUGCUCUGACCAUCAGCUGGGCCGUACCUCCACAGGGGAAACAUUACAGAGUGAAGCCUCUUCACUACAUCUCCUGGCUGAUCGGACACGAAGGAACCGGCAGCAUCCUGUCUCUGCUCAGGAAGAAGUGCUGGGCUCUGGCUCUGUUUGGAGGAAACAGUGAAACAGGCUUCGAUCAAAACACCACCUACUCCAUCUUCUCCAUCUCCAUCACCCUCACAGACCAGGGCUACCAGAACUUCUACCAGGUUGUGGAUUUUGUUUUCCAGUAUCUGAAGAUGCUCCAGACUCUGGGUCCCCAGCAGAGGAUCUAUGAGGAAAUUCAGAAGAUAGAAGCCAACGAGUUCCACUAUCAGGAGCAGACGGAUCCCAUCGAGUUCGUGGAGAACAUCUGUGAGAACAUGCAGCUGUUUCCCAAAGAGGACUUCCUGACCGGGGACCAGCUCAUGUUUGAGUACGACCCACAGGUGAUCAGUGCUGCUCUGUCCCUCCUGACUCCAGACAGAGCAAACCUGCUGCUGCUGUCACCAGAAAACGAAGGUCACUGUUCACUCAGAGAGAAAUGGUUCGGCACCUGCUACAGCAUGGAGGAUAUCGCAGAGGAGUGGGCUCAGCGCUGGGCAGGAGACUUUGAACUCAACCCUGAACUCCACCUUCCUGCUGAGAACAAGUUCAUCGCGACGGAUUUCACCCUGAAAACGUCGGACUGUCCCGACACAGAGUUUCCUGUCAGGAUAGUCAACAGUGAGCGAGGCUGCCUGUGGUACAAGAAGGACAACAAGUUCAAGAUCCCCAAAGCGUAUAUCCGUUUCAACUUGAUCUCCCCCAUGAUUCAGAAGAGCCCGGAAAAUCUGGUCCUGUUCGACCUCUUUGUGAACAUCUUGGCUCACAACCUGGCAGAGCCGGCCUACGAGGCUGACGUGGCUCAGCUCGAGUACAAACUGGUGGCCGGAGAGCACGGGCUGGUGAUCCGACUGAAAGGCUUCAACCACAAACUGCCGCUGCUGCUGAGGCUGAUCGUGGAUCAUCUGGCAGACUUCAGCGCCGAGCCGGGCGUCUUCACCAUGUUCUCCGAGCAGCUGAAGAAAACCUACUUCAACAUCCUCAUCAAGCCUGAGCGGCUGGGCAAGGAUGUUCGUCUGUUGAUCCUGGAGCACUGCCGCUGGUCUGUCAUUCAGAAGUAUCAGGCCGUCAUGAAGGGUCUGACGGUCGACGACCUCAUGACCUUCGUCGCUGGGCUGAAGGCGGAGCUUUACACUGAGGGGCUGGUGCAGGGAAACUUCACCAGCACGGAGUCCAAGGAGUUUCUGCAGUACUUCAUCGAGAAGCUGCAGUUCCAGCCUCUGUCUGCAGAGGUCCCCGUCCUGUUCCGGGUGGUGGAGCUGCCUCAGAAAAAUCAUCUCUGUAAAGUCAAAUCUCUCAACAAGGGAGAUGCCAACUCUGAAGUCACCGUCUACUACCAGUCCGGGCUGAAGAACCUCAGAGAACACGCCCUGAUGGAGCUGAUGGUGAUGCACAUGGAGGAGCCCUGCUUUGACUUCCUCAGGACAAAGGAGACACUGGGGUACCAGGUGUACCCAACCUGCAGGAACACCUCGGGGGUGCUGGGGUUCUCCGUCACCGUGGAAACGCAGGCCACUAAGUUCAGCACUGAGUUCGUCGAGACAAAGAUCGAGGAGUUCCUGGUCAGUUUCGGCGAACGUUUGUCAGGACUGAGCGAGGAGGCCUUCAGGACCCAGGUGACGGCUCUCAUCAAGCUGAAGGAGUGCGAGGACGCUCACCUCGGAGAGGAAGUAGAUCGCAACUGGUUCGAGGUCGUCACACAGCAGUACGUCUUUGACCGGCUCAGCAAGGAGAUCGAAGCUCUAAAGCUCUUCACUCAAGACGAGCUGGUGUCCUGGUUCCUGGAGCAUAGAAACACCAACAGCAGGAAGCUCAGUGUACACGUGGUUGGUUUCGGGGUUGAGGAGAAUGACCCACCAGAUCAGAGUGUCACCUGCAGCCCAGAGAGCCCUGACAACCCUCCCUCCUCAGCCUAUGGUGAAGUCAGUGAGAUGACCUUCCUGUUGGCCUCCUCGCCACCACUCCAGGAUGCCACACUUAUCACAGACAUCAGAGCAUUCACCUCCUCCCUCCCCCUUCAUCCCUACCACAAAAUCCUCAGCUAGGUCACUGCCACUGCAGAUCGACAGGAAACUCAAGACAACGCCUCUCCAUCUUUUCCAUGCAUCAGAGAUAUUAAAGUAACCAUGGCAAGGCCUAGCAUUCUUAACCACACUGUUUGAUCAAAGAGAAUUCUGUUAGGAUGGACAGAAACUGAGAGAUGUUUCAGAGGCAUUCGUUUUCUUUCGUGUGAGUGGUUACAAUAAUGUUGCAUUCACUUCCAGGGGGAAAAACUGUAAAUCUGAGCUAAUAAACCACGGUCACUCAGAUGAUCAACACUGCUACCCUGCUUUAAGGGGUUUAAACUGCAGCUGUGAGCCAUGCUGAAUCUGAGUGCUGCAACUAAACCAGAUGUAUGACUAAAGAACAGAGAGUAGUUUAAAAAAUAUAACUUAAACUAUUAAUUAUCAAAAUAGUUGCUUGUGUAUUUUCUGUCAGUUGACCAAUACAUUUCGAAUCUUUGCAUCCCUCAAACUGUGUGUGUGUUAUAGUUUCUACUCAAUUUUCAUGUUUAUCACAAGAAUAAGUCUUCUAAUACAAAUGUACAUCCAUCAUAUCAGAGUACUAAAACUGACACGGAUUGAGAAUUUUUCUUUCUUGUUCCUUUUAACUGUGAAAUGAUUUGGUUUUUCCCAGGUGAACUGAAUGCAGCGUGAUGACUCAGGGCUCUGGUUUAAAAUAAAGUCUCUUACAAGACGACAAGAAGAAGGGCAGAACUAUUGUUUAUUGCUACAGCUGUGUGUUUUAAUUCACUGUCUAUGAGUUUGCAUAUACAUGUUCACACUGUAAUAUUCUGUUAAUGGAUGAUGUAUAUGAAGAAAUGAAUGUAUAGACUUUAACAGUAUCUGGUGGCCAGUGAUACAAGACUGUGAUGUGUUUUAUCUCUGAAUGUACUGCAGUAGUUUAUGGAGGCUAGAGUGUGCCACCAAAAAUAAUUAGACAUUUUUAAUUAAUUACAUUUGCAGUGCAGCAAUGAUUAAAGAUACCUGAAUUGAAUACUUA